AUGGUGCGGGCGAAGAAGACAGGCGUCAGGUACGCGCUGAAGUGUGUGCGGAAGCGGGACGUGGUGGAGAAGAACGUGCAAGAUGCGCUCGUUUCUGAGCUAAGCAUAUUGAAGGAGGUUGAUCAUCCAUUCAUCAUCAAGUUCGUUCGUUCCUUCCGUAAUGAGAGUCGAGUGUACUUCCUGAUGGAACUGGUCAGCGGUGGAGAGCUCCUUGAUGCUUUGGACUCUCUGGGACUUCUCAAGUACAGCCAGGCGGCGAGGGGCCUUGCGCCGAUUCGCAGCCAAGGGAGCCAACGUUCGGACCAAAUGGCUUUGUGA